CUCUACAAGGACGUCAUGAUGGACAAUCAGCCGCCCCUCACAUCACCGGAUGGAUCCAGUCAUGGAACCCACCAGAGAGAUGUCCCCGUCCUCUGUAUUCCCGGGAUUCCACACAGGAAGGUCACACCAUCCCUCACCAUCAUCAGAGUGGAAACCUGAGAGAUUCUAAAGUUGAGGUUAAAGAAGAGAUAAAAGAGGAGGAGGAUGAGGAUGGGGGGAUGGAGGAGUCAGAGCUUCUAAGAAAACACAAAGAUCUGUACCAGGACACCAUGGUGGAGUCAUCCAGCUACAGGAACCCACCAGAGAAAUGUUCCCAUCCUCUGUAUUCCCGGGAUUCCACACAGGAAGCAUCAGGUAGAUGAUGACAAUUAUUGGUAGUUGUGAUUUUAUACACAGCAUGUUUGUUACAAUGAAUGUUUUAUUAUAUCUUUCAGAGUGGAAUCCUCGGGGAUGAUAAUAUUGAUGUUAAAGAAGAGUAUAAAGAGGAGGAUGAGGAGUAUGGAGUGAUGGAGGAGUUUUCAGAAGGACACAAGGAUAUGAUGGAGCCACCUAAUACCAGGAACCCACCAGAGAGAUGUCCCCGUCCUCUGUAUUCCCGGGAUUCCACACAGGAAGGUCACACCAUCCCUCACUAUUACAAGGUUGAUGGAUCCAGUCAUGGGAACCCACCAGAGAGAUGUCCCCGUCCUCUGUAUUCCCGGGAUUCCACACAGGAAGGUCACACCAUCCCUCACCAUCAUCAGGUAGAUGAGGAACAAUCACUGAUAGUAUCAUUAGGAUCUGUACAUUAUCUGCAUUUCAGAGCUUCCAGAAGAACACAAAGAUCUGUACCAGGACACCAUGGUGGAGUCAUCCAGAUACAGGAACCCACCAGAGAGAUAUCCCCAUCCUCUGUAUUCCUGGGAUUCCACACAGGAAGGUCACACCAUCCCUCACUGUUACAAGGUUGAUCCAAUCGAUAUAGAAGUUGAGGUUAAAUCAGAAGAAGAAGAGGCGUAUGUGAGGGAUGAUCAGCAGUCUAUGGAGGAGGAUGGAAUAACGGGGACAUUUAUAGAGGAGGACACUCCUACAGAGAUCAGCACAGGUGGGUCAUGAACACUAAAUCCA